CUUCCUGUGAAGUGAUGCAUGUCUCACUCACUCCUCCCGACCCCUGAGCACCAUUUGAUUCUCCAUAUGAUUCAUCUGUUGGCAGUGAUCGAGCCGGCAGAAGUCAACCAGGACAUUGGGGUUAUAUCCGCCAGUGUUGGGGACAAUGUGACGUUACGGUGCUUCUACGACAGCCAAGUGGCAAUGCACUUCUCCUGGUACCGACAAACCUUAGGAGAUUCCUCCACAUACUUCUGUGGAAGCUCACACUCCAACAUCAUUACAUUUGGAGAGGGGGUCUUUCUAAGUGUCGAAGGAACCAACAAAAUAGACCAGGGGCCAGUAUCUGAGACCAUCCAGCCAGGAGGCUCCGUGACUCUGAACUGUACCGUACACACUGGGAGCUGUGAUGAAGAACACAGUGUUUACUGGUUUAGACAAGGAUCUCACCAAGGAAUCCUUCACACGCACGGGAGACGGUGUAAACACAUCUCUUCAACAGGGUCUCCUUCACAGAGCUGCGUCUACCAUUUGCAGAAGACUAACCUGAGCUCCACCGAUGCGGGAACCUACUACUGCGCUGUGGCUUCCUGUGGGGAGGUUCUGUUCGGUAAUGGGAGCAAGCUGUUUGUCAAAGAAUAA